AUGAGAGUAGUCAUCCAGAAAGUCACCAGAGCGUCCGUGACCGUCGAAAACUCAGUCGUCUCCGCCAUCAACAAAGGACUCAUGGUGCUUGUGGGAAUCUCCACCAAAGACACUUCAGACGAUGUGGACAGAAUGGUCAAGAAACUCGCCAACCUUCGGCUUUUUGAAGAUAUGGCUGCUGCUCCAGAAGGCAUGGGAUGCUGGGCAGGUAAGCCCUGGGCCAAGAGCUUGGCUCAUGAUAAAGAGCUUCUGGUGCUUUCUGUAUCUCAGUUUACGCUUUAUGGUACAGUGAAGAAGGGGACUAAGCCUGACUUCCAUAGAGCUGCUAAGGGCCAGGUGGCAGUGGAUUUGUAUACGGAGUUUUUGGAGAAGCUCAGGAAAGAGCUUGGCGAUGAGGAGAGGGUGAAGGAUGGCCAGUUUGGUGCUAUGAUGGACGUUGAGUUGGUGAAUGAGGGGCCAGUGACGAUUGUGUGGGAUACGAGUGAUAUUGGGUUUUAG